AUGACUUCCAAUGCGCCAUCUCAAUGCUGCAUGGCAGGACAUCUGCACGAGGGCAGGGCCAGUGGGGAGAUCCAAGAACUUGCCAACAUCUCGACGUACAUCGCCUAUCCACCUGAUCGGUCGACAAAGAAUGCCAUCUUGUUCCUUACUGAUGGCAAUGGCCAUCGCUUCAUCAAUGCCCAUUUGAUGGCGGACCAGUUUGCCGCCCGUGGCUUCCUCGUGGUUAUGCCCGACCUCUUCCAUGGCGAUCCCAUCCCAGUCGACUAUGGGCCCGACUUUGAUAUUAUGGGCUGGUACAACCAACACCUGCCACCUAGGGUCGAUCCUAUUAUCGAUGCUAUACUAGGGGAGAUGCGCACUACCCUCGCCUGCCAGCAAGUCGGCGCUGUCGGGUAUUGUUUUGGCGGCAAAUAUGUGUGUCGCUACCUCAAAGCUGGCAAACUAAACGCAGGGUUCGUUGCCCACCCAACCAUGGUGACGGUGAAGGAGCUGGAGGGGGUCGAAGGGCCUUUGAGCAUUGCUGCAGCCAUUAUUGAUCCCGUCUUCACCACUGCCAACCGCCACGAAAGUGAGGCAAUUCUCGCCAGAGUUGAUGUCCCCUUUCAGAUCAAUUUAUUCUCUGAUGUAGAGCACGGAUUUGCGGUCCGCUGUGAUCUAGCAGAGCCGCGACAGAGAUUCGCCAAAGAAGCGGCAUUUGAGCAGGCUGUGGCAUGGUUCGAUCGUUAUGUGAAGGAGUGA